AUGCCUAAGAAAGGAGGAAAGAAGAGCGGCAAGAAGGGCGGCAACAAGCCCGCUGCUGCCGUUGCCGCUGCUGUUGACAAGGUCAAGGACGUUGUCACCCCCGACCAUGACGUCGAGGAUCAGACCAAGACUGAACAGCCCGAGACUGUCGAGAAGACCGAGCCUGAGACCGCGCCCGAGACCGCAACUGAGUCCGCAACUGAGACUGCAACUGAGACUGCAAAGACCGAGACCAACGCUGCGAUCCCUGCGCCUGCCACGACUGAGAGUCCCGCUCUGACCGAGCCUAAAGAAUCCGUCAAGGCUGAGAAGGCCCUUACGACUGAGAAGGAGGGUACAGUGGAGGAGGCCGUCGAGAAGGCGCAGGCCUCUAAGGCUGGCCAAGUCGGUGAACUGGAAGGUGGCUCCGCCGCCGGCACUGCCGUUAUCCCCGAGAAGACCGCUAAGGAGCCUGCCACCGAGCUGGCUACUUUGGCCGAGCGCCCCAAGACUGCCGAAUCGAUCCCGGCCGCUUCGAUCCCGGCCGCUGUCGCGCCCGUUGCUGCGCCCGAGCCUAUUCCCGCCCCAAUCGUCGAGGACACUGCGCACGUGAAGCGCCCGUACGAGAAGCCCAUCUUCAACAACGAGGAGAACUUGAAGCCCCACAAGAUGCCCAAGACCGACGAGGAGCAGCUCGCGGCUAGUGCGGCGGAAGACAAGAAGACCAUUGAGAAUUUGGCUGGUGCUGGACCUGCUUCGACUGCUGCGUACACCGCAUCCGAGCCUGUGCCUAUCACGAACGAGGCGCCCAAGGCCGAGGAGAAGAAGGUCGAAGAGGUACCUAAGCCCGUCGAGACCCCCAAGGCUCUCGAGAAGAAGCCGGAGGAGAAGAUCCCCGUCGAGACCCCCAAGAGCACCGUUCAGUCUGGCAAGGCCCCGGCCUCUAAUCCCGAUGCGGUCGCUGCCGCCAACGCCGCCAUCACCUCCUCCAAGGCCGAGAAGGCCGCCCCAGUCGUCGAGGAGCCCAAGAAGCCCGAGGCCGCACUGAAGCGUGGCGAAGAGCCCCUUGCCAAGAGCGAAGUAGCCCAGGAGGCCGAAACGGAGCAGCCCAAGGCCGAUGAGACCAAGACUUCUGAGACCUCUGAGCCGACCGAAGAGAAGAAGAAGAAGGAGAAGGGCGGGUUCCUCGCGUGGCUGAAGCGCAAGUUCAAAUGA